AUGGCCUCGGACGAAAUCGUUUGGCAGGUUAUUAACCAGCAGUUCUGCUCUUUCAAGCUCAAGACAACCAAGGAACAGAACUUCUGCCGUAACGAACACAACGUCACCGGUCUUUGCAACCGUCAAUCAUGUCCCCUCGCCAACUCUCGCUAUGCUACCAUCCGCGCCGACCCGCAAACACAGCGUCUGUACCUCUACAUCAAGACCAUCGAACGCGCACACAUGCCCAGCAAAUGGUGGGAGAAGAUUCGUCUCAGCAGCAACUACUCCAAGGCGCUUGAGCAAGUAGACGAUCGCCUCAAGUACUGGCCCAAGUUUCUGGUACACAAGAACAAGCAACGUCUCACUCGUUUGACUCAAGUCAGAGUCCGCAUGCAAAAAUUGGCCCGUGAAGAGGAGAGACUCGGAGAACAGCUGGUGCCCAGACUCGCUCCCAAGAUCCGCAGAAGAGAACAGACCCGUGAGCGCAAGGCCGAGUCAGCCGCAAAGAUCGAGCGCGCCAUCGAAAGAGAAUUGGUCGAGAGACUGAGGAGCGGUGCUUAUGGCGAACAGCCCCUCAACGUCGACGAGAACAUCUGGAAGCGUGUCAUGCGCACUCUUGAGCGUGGUGGCGAGGCUACCCGCGACGAAGACCUUGACGAAGGUAUUGACGAAGACGAGGAGGAGUACGAAUAUGAGCAAGAGGAGGAGGGUCCUGAUGUCGAGUACGUCAGUGAUGUCGAGGAGAGCGACGACGAUAUGGAUGACCUGGAAGACUGGCUCGGCAGUGAACAGGAGGCCGACUCUGAUGAGGACGAGGAAGACGAUGAGGACGACGAGAGUGGAUCCGAAGCAGACGACAAGGAGCUGGCCAGAAAGCUUGCAGCCCUCAAGAAGAAGAAGCCUGCACCGAACACAAAAUCAAAGAAGGCAGGCUCAAAGGGUCCCAAGAGAGAGAUCGAGUACGAGUACGAACGUCCUGCCCGGGAAAUGGACAUUGCCAAAUGA